AAAAAAAAAAGUAAUGAAGGAGUGUUCAAGAAGCAUAUCACAGUGCUGAGGGAAGCAGAAGGAGGAGAGCACAUAGAAGCAGAAGGACAAAGGCGGUGAUGAGUCCAUGUGUUUUGAAAAGCUUCGGCCUUUAUUUUGAGUUUGGCGAGCUUUCUUAAGAUACAGGAGGGAAGAAAGAGGCAAGACCGAGAGUGAAAGACAAUUUUGGAGGUGGUUGCUUUUCUGACAAUUCAGCAAGCACUUUGAAGUGAAUCAAAGGUUUUGUGAGAAGGGAAACAGACGAUAUAGUGUGUGACAGACGGAAAAGAAAUUUCACGACAAAAUAAGAGAACAAAAGAAGAUUAUCCCAUUGUUGGUCGUUGUUUCACGGCCAUGGAGCGAAAAUUAUUCCUGAGACUCGUCUUUCUCUCCGCUGUCUGUCUUACGAGAAGUCAUGCAUCAGCUAACAAUACACAGCCCCACUCUACAACCGAUCAAAAGCAUGCAGAGUCCAGGAAUGAGGUUGUUGAAUUGGGCACCACUGUCACCUUAAACUGCACCAGCAGGAAGAUCGCAUGGCAAGACAUGAUUUUUGUCAUCUGGAAAAUGACUUUGAAAGGCAAAGAGUGUAGAAUUGCUGUAGCUAAAAAUGACUCAGAUUAUGACACCUGUCAAGAUGGGAAAAAGCUGACCCACACAGCACAGGGAACCUACCACCUGGUCAUCCCAAAUUUUUCUGUUGAAGAUGAAGGAACUUACACCUGUGACACUUCAUGCACAUCAGGUGGUUCAAUAGAUGUGAUCACGGUCUCUGCAUGGUCACGUCCACACUUAUCUGGCUGGCUGGAAUAUCAGAAUGGACACACUAUUGCUGUGUGUGAAGCUACAGGGAAACCACGAGCCUCUAUCCUUUGGAAAGCACUGUGGAACACAUCCCUUUCUGUCCCACAAGCAACUGAGCGUGGAGGGCAGGUUUCUACAGUGAUUAGCCGCUUACACAUUCCUCGACAUGCUUCUCAUAGGAACCUCACUUGUGUGGCCACUGUUAAAGACCUCAAGACUCAAUUUAGUAACUUCACAUUUAGAGAUGCACAUAUUGGCUGGCCCAUAAUUCUAGUGGGAGUUUGUGCCACCUGCUCCAUUGUGGCUCUUUUAACUGGACUUUACAUCAUGCGUAAAAGUUUCAUGCCUUUAAGCAUUUUUAGAAAGAUUUGCUGCAAACCUGACACCCCUGCACCAAGUGAAGAAAAACCUCAACAGCCCUAUGACCCUGAAGAAUUGCAACCCUACGCCAGUUACGUGCAAAGAGUAAACUCCAUCUACAACUCUUCCGCUGAACUCUUCAACGCGUGAUUCACUCCAGGCAAGCCGUUUCUUAUAAAAGCAGAUCUCGGAUGUGCCUACAAUGCGAACUGUCAUGAGGUUUUGCACUAGGGAAAUGCAGAUUCAUCAGUGCACACCUACUCUGUGGAUGAAAUUACACACACGCCCUAAUACUGCUGUUAAUGAGAGCUGAUGAAACCCCUUCAAAAGAACAUCCUCCAACGUGUGACCUCUGACGAGAAAUACACAAACCAGAGUGAGUCAAAGUGAAAGACGGAGUGGAAACAGAAGGAUCGUCUCAUGAUUUGGAAAUUUUCCCUCCUUUAUUCAAUUUAUAAUAUAAAUAAAAUUACACUGAGAGCUGCAGAAUCAUGAUUUAACUGAAGUAGAAGAAGCACGGUUUAGGAUAGAUUUUCUUAAAGUAAAUCAGGUCAAUAUAAGAUUAGCUGGGUUCUUCCUCCAUGUGAGUUUGUGCAAUAUACAGGAGCCAAGCAGCCUGAAUAAUAAUGUAGAUAUGUUCGGGGUAAACCACACAGCUUGGUGUUUUCUUAUCAGCAAAAGAACCUUGCAGCAGAGGUGCUAACAGCUGUAGCUUUUAUAGUUUAUGGCUUGCUACAGCGAUAAAUGAGACACGUUUGUUUUGAGGCUGAAAAUACAUGAUAUGUGAAAGAUGCUCAAUGAUUUUUGGAAGUGGUUACUUUCACUUCAUGCCUGUUAUUUUGACUUGCGAAAUUUGUGAGCUCAGUCUUGUUGAGCCAGUAGAAAACAAGUGGGCGGGAGCCUGGGAUGUAAAAACUUUUUUCUUAGUAUUGCUUGACAAACAUCAGAAAAAAAAUUCAAGCAAUGAUGCAUGCAAAGGUUUUUGUGGUAAAAUUCUGUUUUUCUCUCUCUCUCUCUCUCUCUCUCUCUCUCUCUGUUUCUCUCUAACUGUCAGGAUAUCUUAGCCAGUGAAUAUAUCUUGAAAAGUAGGUAAUUUUUCUAAUUAUGCUUAUACAGUACAUAACAUUAUUCAGCCUGAUUACACAUCACACUGUACUGAAAAUGUUCUUAUUUUGUCAUUUUUUUGCCAGAGCUUUUUAAUUAUUAUUAUUAUUAUUAAUCAUUGUAACAAGAGAACAAACCAAUAGAACAAAAACUACUUUAAAGCACAAAUGUAGACAAAACAUUUAUAAAUAGACUUAUUUGAAUUAUGGUAUGUUUUUUUUUUAUUACAGUUUUGGAAUUGGAUAUAUUUAAUCUGUUGGAUUGUAUUGUAUUUGUUUUUGUUUUUUUUCUUUUGGCAUUUUUUUUUGGCAUCUUGUACAGAACUGAUGUUGUGUAAAUAUUAUUAAUAUGUAGCAUAUUACUUAAUACAUGUCCUUUACACAAUCAAAAUUUACGAUUCUUUAAACAUUUCUUCGGUUUACCAUCUUUAAAAUAUAUUUAUUUACAUAUAAUUAUAUAUAUUUACUAACACUUGGACUAAUUAUCAGAGAAAAGACUGUUUUCAUUUAGUUAGUAUAAAAAUAAAUAGUACUAGGUUAUUAGUUGUGUUUCUUUUUCUUUUCUUUUCAUUCUGUUUGAAAUCCUAUGACUCUUUUUCCUUUCUCUCGCCCCUUCUGUCCGCUACACCACAGUUUUAUUUAUAUACAGUAGCACUUUUAACAGUGGUCAUUGUAGCAAAGCAGCUUUAGACAGUAAAAGAAGCUUGUACAGUGACCACUAUGCAUGAUGGUUGUAUCGCUUCAUGCGCUUUUCUUUUUUAACCUCAUGCAAAACUUUCACUGCAAUAGGCUCAAUCUGAGCUCAUCAGAGCUCAUGACCUUUUGUAUUACUCCAAAUUAGCAUCAAUCGUGUGAGUUCUCAUCACACGCAUGUGUGUGUAUGGAAAUGCUCUUUCUUUCACUACCAAACUAUGGUUUUACUGUUGUUGUUUUUUAACCAUGCAACUUCACCAAGUGUUUAUGUUAACUCUAUUAACAUGAUUUUUUUUUUUUUUUUUGUAACCACAUUUUAUUUUAUAAAGGUGAUGCUUCAGCACUAUCCUUUCAGGUUUUAAUAAAUGUUGAUGUGUUUUAAUUAAAGUUAAAGUAAUUUCCUUACUUUG